UUUCCAACUUUUCUUUUUUCCCGUUUUGAAAAAUUAUAAGAGAAAUAGAAAUUAGAUAGAAUAUACUAUGAACUUUAGUGACGACCCCUUAGCUGAUCUACUCAGUGAUAAUAGUUUGGACAAUGAUAAUUUCUUCGACGCGCCAACCGGUGGCGGCGCUGCAAAGAAAUUGCCGAAAUCAAGCAAACCUAAAGGGAAACUCGAAGAUUUAUUCGGAAUAAAAGAGGAAAGUGAACCAGAUCUCCACAAUUCUACGGCAACAAUGCAAGGAAAUGCCAAAUCGACUGCAGCAAGCACACCGCGCAUAGUCAAACAAAAGCCAUCGCUCUCAAUGGAUGAUGCCGAGGAUGAUGACUUGGGAUUUGAUCCCAAGCGUCCAAAGAGUGGCGGAGCAGCACGAAAGAGUCUCUUUGACGAUUUACUAGGUACUGCAGAACCUAAGCGAAACAUUUUCGAUGACAUUCUAAAUAACAGCGAAUCCGCCAACAAGCGUCCAGCAACUGCAAAACCUUCAAUGUCUCGCCAGUCCACAGACACCACGACAGAAAACUCUAACGUUCACUCACAGGCCCGUCCUAAAACAGCAGCAGGCGCUGGUAGACGCAGUUCUGGAACUGUGCAAUCCUCAAAUCUGAAUGCGGAUCCCCUGGGCCUAUUUGGGAAGGAGACGAGUACCAAUGUUUCAGGCAUGUCCACGCCCGUCUCAAAGAAGCAUGGCACGGCUGACUGGCUGGGUUUGAGUGUGGAGAUGGCAGAAGCACCUUCAACUGCCGAGGAGGAGCAAGAACGCGCAACCUCCUCACCCACGCCCAAGUCAACAACAACAAAAGAGCCCGCAACAAUUCCAAAGAAUAACACGGAGAUACUUCGUAUUCCCGACUCGGAUGAACAAAAGCUGGAAGCGAAACAACCGAAUGUGCUGCCCUCUGUAGACAGCACAGCGCAUACGAUACUAAUGUUAAACUCCUUGAACUUGGAGAGCAGUCACAGCUACACUGCCCUGCAACAGCAGGAGACGCAGCUGACGAUUGCCGCCCAAAUGAAGACCCAGGAGCGCGCUCUGGUGGAAAUGCAGCAGAAGCAGGAGACGCAGGAUCGCAAGUUUCAAGCGCUGUUGCAGCAGCAGCUGCAGCGUCAACUGCAAAUGGAAGAGCAUAUCAAGGCACAGCAGGAACGCAUCAACAUGCAUCUUCAACUGAUGAUGAGCCAGCCCAUCAUGGCACAAGCUGCAACCACUGAGACCCUGCCAGCUACUACUGAGGUCGAAAAAGUCCCAGCUGCUUGCGUGGCAGCCAAAGAUGAGAGCAAGGAGCAGAUGCUACAGUUGGAAACGGACGUUAGACGACAUCUGCUGGAGAAGCAGCGACUGGAGGAGCUGGUAGCCAACAUGCGUGUCAACUACGAGCAGGAAAUCGAAAUGAUCGAGAGCUCCUAUAAAAAACAACUCAAGGUAUUGGAGCAGCACUUGGCUGCCGUGGAAGAGCGUCUGAAACUGGAAAACUCCGAGACGAAGGAGUAUUAUACAGAGAAACUGGAGAAACUCAAAGGCGACUAUGAACUGCAGAUCACAACCUUGAAACAGGACCACGAGGACGAUUUGCGCAUGUUGCGUAGCUCGCAUGAUGCUGACCUGGAGCGCAUAAGGCAAGCCAAAAUGCUCGAGCAGGCGACCGUGCAGGACCAUGGCAGCUACUUGGAAACAUUGCGCAUGGCAUCCAGUGAUCUGCAAGAGCUGCGCGAAGGCCUCACCACAACCAAGGAGCGCGAGCACCAAUUGGAAUUUCGAGAGCGUCGUCUGGCGGAUGCGGAGCGCCGCUUAAAAAUCGAUGAGGAGGGCGCCGAGCGCGAGAAGCGACGCCUCAUGGAACUUGUGAGCACAUUGGAAUUACAGUUAGAACGCAUUUCUAAGGACACAGCCGAAGAGAAUUGGCAAUUGCGUCAGCGCAUGGCUAGCAUAGAUUCGGAGAAGAAGGCAUUCGAACGGGAGAAACAGUUCCAUCGCGAGCAAUUGGAGCGCGAUGAGAAGCGAAUUGAGGAACUAAAGGCGUUGCAGCUAGCCGAAGUUGAGCGCAUGCAUCUGGAUGUGCAACAGGAACGGAAUCGUCUGUUGGUUGAGCAGCAAAAGCUCGAGAUGCAGCACAAGCUCCAGGAGCAGGGCGAUUUGGAUAGGGAACGAUUGGAGUUGGAGGCGCAGCUGCAGGUGGCACGAGAUGCCAUCAAGCGCGCUGAUGAGCAGCGAGAACGUUGUCACAAACAGCAGCGGGAGCUGGAGCAACGCAAGCGAGUGCUCCUCGACAAAGAAAAUGCGCUCAGCAUGAAGGAGGAUGAGGUAUUGCAGACAUCCACCGCCUAUCGCCUGGCCAUUAAGCGGCUACACACUGCCGAACACAAAGCUCGGGACGCUGAACAAUUACUGCAUGCCAAGCUGCAGCUGCUGGGCAAACGCGCCCACGAGCUAAGCGAGAAAGAGGCACAAAUCUCUCAGGAGCGUAUGUUACUCGCUCAAGAUCGCAUUGCUUUGCAAAAAAUGAAGCAAAAGAUCGGCCAAAGCAAAUGCGCGCUCUGCAAAAUGGGCGUUGAGAAUAUCGAAUUCAAUCAACGCAUGACGGCCCACGGCCACGGCCAUGAAAAAGGAUUAACCACGUCGCCUUCGCUAGCGGCUGAAAAUAACGGUCAGCCUAGGUCGCAGCCAGAAAAUCAACCGGCUAUUCCGGCGGGUGAUAUUGUGGAUCGCAUGCUCGAUGAAAACAUUGAAGCUUCUUAUCGCAGAAUGUAUAAUUUGUCUGAAAAUGUAGAUUUGGAAUACUGGACAAGUGUUGCACUUGAUGAUGACUCCAAAAAGUUAGCUUUAGACAAUGGCAAUACUUUGGAAAUCGAAGACUUAAUGUUAGCCAAUCUAAAUAUGCGAUAGAUUGAUUAAAAAGUACCAAUAUUUGAAUUUAAAAA